GUCUUGCGCUAGAAAUCCGCGGCAGCCGCAGUGGGUAUCUGCGACAAGGCGGGGAAGCAGUCUUGCGCUAGAAAUCCGCGGCAGCCGCAGUAGGUAUCCCGUGGCCGCGAUGUCGAAGGACUACUACAAGACGCUUGGCCUGGCGCGGGAUGCGAGCGACGAGGACGUGAAGAGGCGUACAGGAGAGUGGCGCUCAGUUCCACCGGACAAGAACAAGGCGCCCGGGGCCGAGGAGCGCUUCAAGGAGGUGGCCGAGGCCUACGAGGUGACUGAGCGACGCGAGCGCCGCCGCGUCUACGACUCGUACGGCGAGAAG